CAAAGGCUCAAAAUUUUAAAGUGAAACAAGAAGCAAGCUACCAUGAAGGUAUUAACGUUCUCUCUACUCUUUCUUGUGGGCUAUAGCACGGCCUGGAUAUUUCCACAAACAAAACUAGGAUUUGGUGGUGGAGCAAGUGCAGGAUUGAGUGCAGGUAAAGGAGGAGCGAAUGCAAACAUAGGCGGAGGAAUAAAUACAGAAUUCAAUGGAGUUAAAAGCGGAGUGAAUGUGAACGUAGGCGCAGGAUUAAAUGCAGGAUCGGGAAAAGAUAAAGCAGGAGCGACCGUAAACGUAGGCGGAGCAGUAAGUGGAGGAGCCAAAGGAGGAUUAGGUAUAGGAGCAAAUGGAGGAGUGCAAAUAGGAAUAGGAGGAUGGAAACCACCUCGUAUACCCAUUCCUAUAAUAUCUUGGGGAAGCCAAAGUACUUCGACUACCACUCAAAAGUCUACCUCACCUCAUACUACUCCACACCCAACCGUACCAUCUAAACCUACUUCGCCCAGUACUGUACACCCAACCAAACCAUCCAGUCCUAAACCUACUUUACCCAGUAGUGUACAUCCAACCAAACCAUCCAGUCCUAAACCUACUUGGCCCAGUACUGUACACCCAACCAAACCAUCCAGUCCUAAACCUACUUCACCUAGUAGUGCACACCCAACCAAACCAUCCAGUCCUAAACCUACUUCGCCCAGUAGUGCACACCCAACCAAACCAUCCAGUCCUAAACCUACUUCUCCCAGUAGUGCACACCCAACCAAACCAUCCAGUCCUAAACCUACUUCUCCCAGUAGUGCACAUCCAACCAAACCAUCCAGUCCUAAACCUACUUCGCCCAGUAGUGCACACCCAACCAAACCAUCCAGUCCUAAACCUACUUCACCCAGUAGUGCACACCCAACCAAACCAUCCAGUCCUAAACCUACUUCUCCCAGUAGUGCACAUCCAACCAAACCAUCCAGUCCUAAACCUACUUCGCCCAGUAGUGCACACCCAACCAAACCAUCCAGUCCUAAACCUACUUCGCCCAGUGUACACUCAACUAAACCAUGGGGCAGCUCUGUCUCACCUAGUUCUCCCAGUUCUGCAAAACCGACCGUAACACCUAGCAGCUCAACCUCGCCAAGUACUGAAUCUACUACUCCUUGCGAAGAAUCUAGCAGCUCUGCUUCACCAAGUUCUUCCAGUUCUGCAGAACCGACUGAAGCAUCUAGCAGCUCUGCCUCACCAAGUGAUCUAUCAACUGCCCCUUAUGAUGAUUCUAGUAGCCCUGCUGCAUCAAGUUCUUCCAGUUCCGCAGAACCGACCGAAGCAUCUGGCAGCUCUGCUUCACCAAGUGAUGAAUCCACUACCCCUUAUGAUGAUUCCAGUAGCCCUGCUGCAUCCAGUUCUGAAGAACCAACUGAAGCAUCUGGCAGCUCUGCCUCACCAAGUGAUGAAUCUACUGCCCCUUGUGAUGAUUCCAGUAGCCCUGCUGCAUCCAGUUCUGAAGAACCAACCGAAGGAUCUAGCAGCUCUGCCUCACCAAGUUCUUCCAGUUCUGCAGAACCGACCGAAGCAUCUGGCAGCUCUUCUUCACCAAGUGAUGAAUCCACUGCCCCUUGUGAUGAUUCCACUAGCCCUGCUGCAUCCAGUUCUGAAGAACCAACCGAAGCAUCUAGCAGCUCUGCCUCACCAAGUUCUUCUAGUUCUGAAGAACCAACUGAAGCAUCUAGCAGCUCUGCCUCACCAAGUUCUUCCAGUUCUGCAGAACCGACUGAAGCAUCUGACAGCUCUUCCUCACCAAGUGAUGAAUCCACUGCCCCUUGUGAUGAUUCCAGUAGCCCUGCUGCAUCCAGUUCUGAAGAACCAACCGAAGCAUCUAGCAGCUCUGCUUCACCAAGUUCUUCCAGUUCUGCAGAACCGACCGAAGCAUCUGGCAGCUCUUCUUCACCAAGUGAUGAAUCCACUGCCCCUUGUGAUGAUUCCAGUAGCCCUGCUGCAUCCAGUUCUGAAGAACCAACCGAAGCAUCUAGCAGCUCUGCCUCACCAAGUUCUUCUAGUUCUGAAGAACCAACUGAAGCAUCUAGCAGCUCUGCCUCACCAAGUUCUUCUAGUUCUCCUGAACCGACUGAAGCAUCUGACAGCUCUUCCUCACCAAGUGAUGAAUCUACUACCCCUUGUGAUGAUUCCAGUAGCCCUGCUGCAUCCAGUUCUGAAGAACCAACCGAAGCAUCUAGCAGCUCUGCUUCACCAAGUUCUUCCAGUUCUGCAGAACCGACCGAAGCAUCUAGCAGCUCUACUUCAUCAAGUUCUUCCAGUCCGAUUUGUACCUGUCCUUGUACUUGUUAGAUCCAAGUUCACCUUGUGAAGAACAAAGUGAACUAUCUAAAAGCUCUACUUAGUUCUUCCAGUUAUGAACAUAGAAAGAAUGAAGCAUCCAACAAAUCUGUCUUACCCAUUUAUUAUUAAUGAAUGUGCGGAGAGUAGAUAUAAGGAAAUUCUCAAAUGUUAAACGUUAGAAAAAAAAUGUUAAAAAAAAAGAAUAUCUAACGAAAUGUAAUCAUCAAAAAAAGAAAAAAAAAUUACUUUUUCUUUCCUUAA